UUUGUGAUUUUCUUCCAAACUGAAUUAUUAAAUUUAUCUAAUAAGUUCUAAAGUACUUUAUUAGUUAUUAGCUGGGGAAGAGUUGAUCAGAGACAAUAUAUGCAAAAAUGGAUAUUUCGGAUGAUCAAAGCUCACUACUCUUGGAAAAUCCUCUUCUUCAAAAUGGAGUCAGUGAUGAGCUUCGCACUGGUGAUGGCUCAGUUGACGCCAAGGGGAAGCGAGCAGUGAGGCAGAAUACUGGAAAUUGGAGAGCAUGCUGCUUCAUUAUAGGUGCUGAAUGUUGUGAAGGCUUGGCCUUCUUUGGUAUUUCCAGUAAUCUUGUUACUUAUUUUACUAAAGAACUCCACCAAGCAAAUGUGGAUGCUGCGAAAACUGUUUCGAUUUGGCAAGGCACUACAUGCCUCACACCACUUAUUGGAGCCAUUGUUGCAGACGCUUACUUGGGAAAAUAUUGGACCAUUGUUGUUUCCUCCAUCAUCUACUUCAUAGGAUUGUGUGCCUUGACUCUCUCAGCAUCAAUUACUCCAGCAUUGGGGCCUGAUAAAUGCGAGGGCCCUUGGUGUCUAUCAUCAGCCAAUGCUUUUCAAUCUGCUACAUUUCUAUGUGGACUUUAUCUGGUUGCUUUAGGGACUGGUGGUAUCAAACCAUGUGUUUCACCAUUUGGUGGGGAUCAGUUUGACGAUACUGAUCCAAAGGAGAGAGCAAAGAAGAGAUCUUUCUUCAACUGGUUUUACUUUACAAUUUGCAUUGGCGUUUUCAUAUCAAUGACUUUUCUUGCGUGGAUUCAAAAUAAUGUUGGGUGGAGUCUAGGAUUUGGUAUUCCUGCAUUGUUCAUGGGCAUUGCCAUUACUUGUUUCCUUUUUGGAACACCCUUUUAUAGAUUUCAGAAACCAAGGGGAAGUCCCAUAACAAGAAUGUGCCAAGUUUUGGUUGCCUCGUGCAGGAAGUGGAAUCUUGAGGUGCCUAAAGACACCACUGCUCUUUUUUAUGAGACACAAGAAAACAAUUCUGGCAUGGAAGGAGGCUGCAAUAAACUUGAACAUACUAAUUCACUGAGGUUUCUCGAUAAGGCAGCUGUGAUGUCUGACAGUGAGAUUGGAAAUAGUGGGAACUCGUUAAAUCUGUGGAGACUUUGUAGUGUAAAUCAGGUUGAAGAACUGAAGACUUUGAUCUGUUUGUUACCAAUCUUGGCUACUGGAAUAGUCUACACUGUUGAUGUUGCUCAAAUUUCUACAAUGAUGCUGGAACAAGGCAUGACGAUGGACUCAACUAUUGGUUCUUUAACCAUUCCUCCAGCCGCUCUCUCAGCAUGCGGCAUAGUUGUUAUUCUUUUGGUUGUUCCCAUGUAUGACAGGGUACUUGUCCCUAUUGUUAGAAGAUUUACAGGCAACGAAAAAGGCUUCACUGAGUUGCAACGAAUUGGCAUUGGCCUCUUCAUUUCGGUUCUAAGCAUGUCAGCAGCUGCAGUUUUAGAAAUGUAUAGACUUUAUCUUUCCGAAGAACUUGGUUUAGCUAACAAAAAAGUCAGUGUACCACUCAGUAUAUUAUGGCAAAUACCUCAGUAUGUUUUGGUGGGAACGGCGCAAGUAUUCACUUCCAUUGGACAGAUAGAGUUCUUCUAUGAAGAGUCGCCAAGUACUAUGAGGAGUUUAUGCAGUGCAUUAAUACUUCUUACCCUUUCAUUGGGAUACUAUUUGAGCUCUUUUAUUCUUACAAUGGUAACUUAUUUCUCAACAAGGGGUGGCAAAGUUGGAUGGCUUCCAGACAAUCUGAAUGAAGGUCAUCUUGAUUAUUUCUUCUGGUUUUUGGCAGCUCUUAGCUUCUUGAAUUGGUUGGUUUACAUGGUCUUUGCCAUGAAGUUCAAACACAAGAAGUGUGCUUAUUAAGGUUUGUUCAUGGACAUGGAGGUAUCACUUCUGAGAAAUAUCAUGAACUUUAUAAAAGUACUUAGUUCAAUUAUGUGCAGACCAAGUAUAAAAUUACUUUUUUUUUAUUUCAUGUUGGUCUGUAUUAAUGCAUAUUCAAUUAUUCAUUCAUGUUGCCUGUAUUUGGAGAGACUUUUUCUAGUUUUAUCAUUA